GUCAGACAUGACAUAUGUCAAACAAGCAAAAAGUGCUGGAGGAGGAGAAUUAUGAAUUUGGUUGAACUUGUGUUUUUACAUUUUUCAGCUUACGUGCAAAUAUUUUAAAGGUUUUAAAAAUUCUAGUACACUUUUCAAAAUGCCAUCUAAGCAAAGGAAGAUUGCUAUGAUGGGAUAUCGCUCUGUGGGUAAAUCAUCUUUAAUUAUACAGUUCGUAGAAGGUCAGUUUGUUGAUUCCUAUGAUCCGACAAUUGAAAACACUUUUACUAAGUUUAUCCGUCUAAACUCAACUGAAUAUGAAGUGAAGCUGGUGGACACUGCAGGUCAAGAUGAGUACAGUAUAUUUCCACUUCAGUACAGCAUGGACUUCCAUGGAUAUGUGUUAGUUUACUCCAUUACUUCCAGUAAAAGUUUUCAAAUAGUACAAAUAAUUUAUGACAAACUGUUGGACAUGGUUGGGAAAAUACAUGUACCUAUUGUGUUAGUUGGUAAUAAAACAGAUCUUCACUUAGAAAGAAAAAUCAGUACAGAGGAGGGCAAAAGACUAGCAGAAAAAUGGAAGGCUGCAUUUGUGGAGACUAGUGCUAAAAGAAAUGAGUCUGUCACCGACAUGUUCCAUGCUAUAUUAUUAGAGAUUGAGCGAUCAGAUGGACAUAUACCAGACAAGAAUGGGUGCGUAAUUUCUUAAUACAAGUUUAUCAAUAAAGAACAAAGUGCUUUUUACUUAAGUUAAAGUGAUUUAAAUGUAGUGUUUGUAUGUGCACAGCAAGCUAAAUGUGGCGACCAAUGCGAUUUUGGUAAUUAUGAUUCAAAUGUACUUCUGGAUGCUUAGUAAAUGUAAGCUUAGGACAAAAUAAUAUUUCUAUUACGAAUGUGUCAGAGAGUUACUUCAUUAGUAGUUUCAAAGUUUAUAAAUCGAUUGUUGAGAAUAUACAUCUUAAUGAUAAGUUUCUGGGAGUAUUGUACAUUUGUUGUGUGUGUGAAAACAUUAUCUUACCUCAUGUUUAUUGCAUUAAUGAUUGUUUAUUUACUUUAUUGUGGUUAUAAUAAUGGUACAAAAACUGUAAAACAUCUUGUCGUUACAAUUACAAUUUAGUGUAUAAUUUUAUUUAUUAUUUUAUACUUUUAUAUACUUUCUGUUUUUUAGCUAUACAAGCAGUUUCAAAAAAUGUACAGUCUCGUAAUUAAAUGUUUUUGAAUAUUUAUAUAAAAAUAGAAAAAUUCCAAUGUUAACAAUAUCAAAGAAAUUAUAUAUUUUGUAAUAAAAUGUUAAUUUCUUUCUAAUAUAAAUAAUAAUUUUGUUUAUAAACAUGUUUUAAUGAACAACAUUGUUUGGUGAUUUAACAAUGUUGAAACUUAUACUUGUAAGUAUAAAACCAAAGGUUCCUUAUUGUGUUUUAUUUUGAAAUGUGCUACGCUGGUUGGUUGUAAAAGCAUCCAAAUAUCUAUAAAUAUGUAAGCAUAUAAUACUUUAUUAUUUUAUUGUUAGGUUACUAAGUUUGAAGUACAUCAAAUUAUGCAUUAUUAUAUUGUAAAAAGUGUAUUGUGUUCAUUUUAGACAAUUGUUAAUAAUGUAUUGAAGACUAAAGAAAUUAUUUUCAAAUUAUUGAUAGCAAGUUGAAGAUGAGUGUAAAUUCUGAAUUUGGCAUGGAAUGUAAAGCGCGGCAAUGACUGGCUAGAUGUAUAUGCCAAUAGGCAAGUCUGCUGGCAUAUCUAUCACUGCCAUAAUCGCCUGCUUUAUUCAAGUGUCUUCUGUUGCUUCUGUUGGUACUCAACGUAAUAUAUAAUUUAGUUUAAAAGGCAUAUUAUAUUGUGUUCAAAACAUAGUUUCUAAAUUCCUUUUGAUAUGAGACUUAUCUUUGUGAAUGUACUUAGCUUGAACGUCAUUGUCAAUGCCACACUUGUACGUAAAACCUAAUUAUAUUAGAUGCGUAAUUCACACGAGUCUUUACUGAAUCAUACUAGCAUAUUGCUCUCUUGUCUAAAGUGUACCAUUUCAAUGCUUCAAAAUAACUCUUGUCUAAAAAGUAUUUGUUAUUUUAAACGUUAAUUGACCUCACUUGCGUCUGUACAUUUUAUUAAUGAUAAAUAGCUAUAAUCGGGCAAUAACUAUGUGGUCUAUAACAGAAUAUUUUUGUAAAAAAUGUCUAUAAUAGAAUUAUUUAUGUACCGAGACUUUUUUCAGUAUUUAAAUGUUAACAACUAUACACAUGUCACAGUAUUUGACAUUUAAUUGCUGCUUACUCAUGAUUUUUAAAGUCGGGAGAUAAUCUUUCUGAUUAAAUAAAAUCCAAAAUCAUGGUCACUGUUUCGUUCGGGAUUCCCCUCUGUGCCUCACCACGCUUGAAUGGCGCUUGCCUGAUACUGCUAUGUGAGGUGAACCCACGUAUAGAACUUCUUGACUAUGGUGUAAAUUGAAGAAACUGAGAAUAUGUAUACAUAACAAUAACUAUAUUUGUACCUUUCAAAAACUUAUUUUAAACUCACAAUAAUCAUGUAUAACGGAGUUUAUUUAUAAAACCUUAUGCACUGUUUUACAAUACAUAAUUAUGGGAAAAUAAGGUAGAAAAUAAAUCCCGGAUGCAACAGUCACCUGUUCUCAAAAAUUACUGGUUGGAUUUAUGUACAACUUAUGCUAUGGAUAGAGAGUUCUAGGGGGAGGUUUAACAGCAGAUAGUAAUUUAGUAAUAGAUAUUUGUCACUUAAUGAUGGAAAAAUAUCUUAAUUAAUCACAUAUUAGCCUUUCCUUAGCAUGUUUUAGAUCACGUUCUAAUGUUAGUCACAUGGAUAAUGUUGCGAGCAACAUUGCCGAUUGUGAAAAAGCAGUGAGCAAUUGUAAUGUAAUUUUGCAGAGUAUGUUAGGGGAGGUAAUUGUGCCUUAGUUAAACCAAUUAUCAAGUUAUAAUGAGGACAAGAUUGUAGCGUUGAAGACUCUAAAAAUAAAAAGAGCUAGUUAGUAGAUAGAAAGUGACUUUAUGAAUGGAUGACAACACGAGAUGGAUUGUUAAGAACUUUCUUUCCAAUUUAACAAACACUCAAACUAGGCGUAGUUUUGGCUACUCAAAAUGCUAUCAAAAUUCAAUAUUUAUGGGGAAUAGUUCUAUUCCAAGCAUAAUGAAAGUGUUAAGUUACAUCAAUAUGAGAUAUAAUAAAUAUAUACAAACUUAUUUAGUUAUGGCAACCAAUGACAUGUUAGCUAUGUAAAUUAAAUUGUGGAAAUAUCAUAUUUUAGGUAUGAUAAUAUUAUACAAAACUGUUACUAGAGAUGCUGUAGACAUGCAUGAAUACAAGAUGGCAUAAUGUGUAAUCAUGUGUUCAAAUACUACUCGAUCAUGCUUGUAAUAGUCAACUAUAAAAAGAGGAGUAUAUCAAAAUGUUGGGUCGUUAUUUGAGCUCAACAUAAAUGUGAAUUUAAUUUAUGUUUAUACCGAAGAGUGAAAUCUUGAUAUAUUAUAAUUUUAUAAUUAUUAUAUAAUCGAAUGUUACAGUGGUAAUACUUGUAUAUAAAAAGACACUACAUGUUAUUUUAUGGUGACACCAACUUAUCUGUUUAUAUAGAUAAAAGUAUAGUAAAUAAGGAACUAUGAGUACUGCUAAAAAUUUUGUCUAUUUUGAGCAGAUGGUUGGUGCAAUAAACAGUUUGUAAUAAAUGUAUAUAAUAAAUUUUAGGUUUCAGUAGCCAUGCCAAUGGCAUCACAAACGAUAGGUAAUAUUAGGGAGUUUGGGUCUUGAGGUCAACUCUAUUCAGUUCUACAGUUCCAUAGCUUUGUUUUCAAAAUAUCAGUAAAAUUUUGGUACCAUGUAAUUAUAUCAGGUCAUACUUUGAUAAAUAACUAACAAACAAUUACUAUGUCCGAAAAUAAUACCGCUUUAUAACAAUAAAGCUAAAAUAAAAUGAAAAAUCAUGUCAUAGGCUACGUUAAGUUUUGUAUAAAUUAAAUUAAGCUUUUGUAAACAUACAUAGCAAUGGAGUGUAAAUUUUAGGUCUGCGAGUUUUACAUUUAUGAAUUUCCUAAUGCAGUUAUGUAUAUGUAUGUGUGUAUGCGUAAGUUUUUAUACGAAUUUGUCUCAAGAAGAAUUGAUUUGAAAUCUGUUUAACAUCGAACAGACGCCAUACAUGAAGCUCCUCCAAUCGGUAAAAGAUAUUUUUAAUGUCGGGAUUAUGGGGUACAUGCACUUAGUCUUACCACUAAUGUGAAGUGACCCUUAUAUUUUUUGAAAAUUCAAAAAUAGACCAUAUAUGACCUAAAAUUUUAAUGGUCUAACAGAUUGGAGCAGGUUUACCUACAGCUGGUGUCUAGUCUGUACGUACCUUUAACUAUACUGGUGGACAAUGAAUACAUAAAUACCCAUUCUGAUUUGUAUUCUUAUAUUAUACUUACAAAUUCAGUGUCUAAUUGUAAUAAUUACAACCAAUAAAAUAGUUUUGUUUUUAAAUAUUCACGACAACCGCGUCUUUGUAAAUGGCCUAAUUUCAUUCGCCACCAGUGUAUUUUUUAAAUCCUUACACAAUUUUCUUUAUUUCUUAAAUAUGUAUAUCCUAUGAUACAUAGGUAACUGAUUAAUAAUUUGACUUAUUAAGCAAAGUAAAAUGAAAUUAUUAUUCUGAUAAAAUUGAUUGCUUGUCUUCUAUUUUAGGUCGUUACCCAAUUUUUCUACUUACGCAAAAUACAUUGCCCAUUGCAUAGCGGAGCUAUGUAGUAUAAUUUUAGUUAAUAAAGCUUAGUGAUUUAGCUAUUCACAAAUGUGCAAAAAAUAUAUUUGUGGCGUAAUCUUACAUGUACCAUGUAUCUAUUUGUAAAUAACUACGAUUUAAAAUAAACAACUGCCACAACA